AUGUCUUCGAGGACUAUCUUUUUGCUUACUUUUCUGCUCGUUUCUUGUGCCGUAGCACGACCGCCUCCACCUCCAGGAACCCCUCCUCCGCCUCCUCCUCCUCCGGGAAGAGGCUCACCUCCGCCGCCACCGCCUCCGUCAGGUGGACCUCCACCUUCCAGACCACCUGGGAGUCCCCCGCCACCUGGAGCUACACCUCCGCCGCGACCGCCGCCUUCAGGCGGACCUCCACCUUCUGGACCGCCUGGAAGUCCGCCUCCCGCAGGAGCCUCACCUCCGCCCCCAGAAGGUCCUCCUCCUUCUCCGCCUUCGCCUCCAGGAAGUACGCAGCCUCCAGGCGAAUUCCCACAAAACACACCUCCUUUGCCUCCGCCGCCAUCUGUCGGUCCUCCUCCUGACAGUCCUCCACCUACAGUUUCGCCGUGA